CUUCCUGGAAACCUUUCUUCACCGCUUCUCUUGCGAAAUCUAGCGGGCCCUCCCUCCGCUCCUGGGCUUCUUAUAACCGCGGAGCGAGCGGGCGCCAGCCCGAGCCGAGCUGCGCUUCCUCCCGCCUCCCGCCGCGCCGGACCAGGCCUCCCAGGAAUGGAAAACCCUUGUGCAAAUGCACUUCCUCUUAUUAUGAAUUCUUCACAAAAGCAAAAGACUGUGUGUAUUUUUGGAACAGGGGAUUUUGGAAGAUCUCUGGGAUGGAAGAUGCUCCAGUGUGGUUAUUCUGUUGUUUUUGGAAGUCGAAGCUGCCAGAUGUCCAGCCUGCUGCCCAGUGGUACAGAGGUCUUGAGCUAUUCAGAAGCAGCCCGGAAGUCUGACAUCAUAAUCAUAGCAAUCCACAGGGACCACUAUAAUUUUUUCAUAGAACUAACUGAGGUUCUCAAUGGGAAAAUAUUGGUGGAUGUCAGCAACAACCUCAAAAUCAAUCAGUAUCCAGAAUCUAAUGCAGAGUACCUUGCUCAAUUGCUGCCAGGAGCCCAUGUGGUAAAAGCAUUUAAUACCAUCUCAGCCUGGGCCCUCCAGUCAGGAGCACUGGAUGCAAGUCGACAGGUGUUUGUCUGUGGAAAUGACACCAAAGCCAAACAAAGAGUGAUGGAUAUUGUCCGUACUCUUGGACUUACGCCGUUGGAUCAAGGAUCUCUCAUGGCAGCCAAGGAAAUUGAAAACUACCCCUUGCAACUGUUCCCAAUGUGGAGGUUCCCCUUUUAUUUGUCUGCUGCACUGUGUAUCUUCUUCUUCUUCUACUCUGUUAUAAGAGACAUAAUCUACCCUUAUGUUAAUAAAAAGGAAGAUAAUACAUUUCGCUUGGCCAUUUCCAUUCCCAACCGUGUCUUUCCAAUAACAGCACUUGUACUGCUUGCCUUGGUUUACCUCCCUGGUGUUAUUGCUGCCAUCCUGCAACUUUACCGAGGUACAAAAUACCACCGAUUCCCACACUGGCUCAACCACUGGAUGCUCUGCAGAAAGCAGCUUGGCUUGGUAGCCCUGGGGUUUGCCUUCCUGCAUGUCAUCUACACACUUGUGAUUCCUAUUCGGUAUUAUGUACGAUGGAGGUUGAGAAACAUAACCGCUACCCAGGUGAUAGACAAGAAAGACGAUCCCUUUAUCACCUCCACAGCCUGGCUCAGUGAUUCAUAUGUAUCUUUGGGAAUCCUUGGAUUUUUUCUGUUCUUACUCCUGGGAAUCACUUCCUUGCCAUCUGUCAGCAACAUGGUCAACUGGAGAGAGUUCAGAUUUGUGCAGUCCAAAUUGGGUUAUUUGACCCUGACCUUGUGCACAGCCCAUACCCUGGUGUAUGGCGGGAAGAGAUUCCUCAGCCCUUCAGCUCUAAGAUGGUAUCUUCCUUCAGCCUAUAUCUUAGCACUCAUCAUUCCCUGCGCAGUGCUGGUGAUCAAGUUUAUCCUCAUCAUGCCAUGCAUAGACAAUACCCUCACUCGGAUCCGCCAGGGUUGGGAAAGGAACUCAAAGUGCUCUAAAUCAGCACUGUUUGGAAAAUCAGAUGUUUCAAGCAAAGCUGAAUGUACCUGGGCUUCUGAACUGUAGUAUUAAAUGUUUAGAGAAAAGAAAUGGACACAGUUAAGAAAGCUUUAUUUCCCCAGCUUCACCUGAAGUUUAUCAACACAGAAGGAAAUUUUGCCAAAUUUUGAGAAACUCACAGAUUCAAUUUUAUCUAGAGUUAGUGGUGAGUCAGUGCAGGGCCUUACUGCUUCUUUUUCUGGAGGCAGUGGAGCUACAUGUAGGAUGGAGAUUAGCUUUGUGGUUUCACACAAAGAAUGUUCUUUGUUGUGGGCAGCCACCAUGACCUAAUGUCUUGCAAAAUCCAGGAAAAGUACAUGCAACUUCCUGCUCUGAUUCAAGGGCUGAGUUAAGAGAUAGAAAACAGCAGCCUGAUGGUGGCCAUUAAUGCAGGCCUUGCUGGGUAUGUCUGAAACAAAAGAUGCAAAUUGGCACAGUAAUUUUUAUUUUUGGUGCUGAGGUCAAACCCGGGGCUUUGCUCAUACUAGGCAGGUGCUCUGCCCAACCACCUGUACCCAGAGCCCUGCAAUAGUGAAUUCCAUACUUAAAUGUAUACCUUGGUUUCCCUUUUACCACUAUGGGUAGCUUCUCUGGGGAACUAUCUUAUGACACAACAAAAAUUGCACAACUGAUUGGAAAUGACCAUGCCUUGGAUAUAUCCAAAUCUACAUAACUGUUAUACAACCCUUUCCUGUAUAAGGAACGGGUGUGGGAGAGAUUGAGUAAGACUGGAAUGGAUAUCCUUUUGAGUUUUUCUCGAUAUGCAAUAAACAAGGAAGGAUUGAUGCAACUCUUGUGCAAAAAGUUCAAAUAAACCAGAACUUUAGAUAGCAAGCUAAACAAGUAUUGUCAAACUUUACUAUAUUAGUUUUGGUAUUACCUAGCUAUAGUGCAAUGCUUUACAAAUUAUAUUUUCUAGAUAUUAUUCAAUAAUAGUCAUCUAUGAAAUUAAUUUCUAAUACAAGGAUAUAACUUUUACAGUCUUAGUCUGUUAUAAUUUUAAGCAGUAAAAUUAUAUAAAUUUUCUGAAAAUGUAAAUUUAACCAAGGUAUAGAUGAGAGACAAUUAUGGACAGUUACAGAGCAGAGAGGUGUGAACAUCAGUUGUUAUGAGACUUGGUUUAUUGUCAAAUCCUUGCUGGAAUGUAGGGUGGUUCUCACUGUUUUCCAUGCUGACAAUGCCCUUUCCAAGGUGACCUUCAGCAAGAUCAGCCUUCCUAGCUCACAGGUGGUGCUAAAAAGAGGCUUAAACACAAUCUUCUUACAUAUCACCUAGCUAACUAAGAGGCAUUGGGUUUAGCACUUUUCUACUUCAUCUACAAAGACCAUUUAUUUUUUUCUCUCUCUCUUUUUUAACUUUUAUUGUUACAUAUUAUACACGACAUUUUACAGUGAUGAAAAUAUGUUAAGACAUCACCCACAAUCCAGGGUAUUUUUCUAUAAAACUUAAAAAUGGUUCUAUCAAUACUAUAUAUUCAAUUUUACUUUCUUCUUCACUUCUUAAAUGCUUCAUUGUCUUAAGUGGCCUAGAUAUUUAUUUAAUGGCUACCUAAUUUUACAGCAAAUAGGGGGUUCUUUUUAGCCACUGCCCUAAUUGAGCAUAUAGGCUAUAUCUAUAUUAUACUAAAACAAAAAAUAUUCAGAAAAUAUCUUCUGCCUUAUAAUAUUUUUCCAUAGUAUCAAUUAUCUCCUUAGAAUGCUUGCCAAAAAUGGUAAUUAUGCAAUUAGAGAAUGUUUUCUAGUGUGUGCUAGGCACUGCCAAUUUAAUUGUAAAAUGAUCUUAUCAAUACCAUUAGCAUUAGAUGCGGGCAUUAGUUUCAUCAAAUCAUUUUAGGUUUGGGGUUUUAUUUCAAUUUGUGUUUUCUUAAUAAUAGUUGCAAAGGUACACAGAGCAUAUGAUCCUUUAAUUUAUUCUUGACCAACCCAAGCAAGGAUACAUAAAGCUGAAAGACUUUGAGCAGCUGUGGUAUGUGGGGCUCCCUCUGGGGCAUCAGUGAGAAGACAAACAUCACCACUCAUCCAUGUUAUGCAAACAGCCACUCAUGGCAUGGCUGACUGGAGGAGACAGUGACGUUCGCAUACCAUCCAGACUGGUCUAGGGAAACCUUUGGAGCUAACUGCACUCCCAUUGCAGGAACAGUCACGGUCCCAUCACUAACAGUAGAAAAUGCUGCACCUAGGGAAAAUACUUAUCCAUAGUAAAAAAUAAGCCCUUCUUUUCCUAGACUUGGAGAAAUGCUCAAUCCAAGUACUUAAUAAAAGUCAUCCAUCAAGCCUAAGUUAAAGAACAGCCCUUAGGUUUGGGCAAAAAGGCUACAUUACCUGACCCUUGGCCCAGCCAUAAGGGCACCAAGCCCUACUUCCUGACCAGAGACAGCCAGCUUCUUUCUUCCAUUCCUUUCUGCACCCCUCCCUCCACUUUGGAGGAGGCUGCUGUCAGAUGUAUCAAAGCCCUGGCAUCUGAGGGUGCUUGAGGGCACCUGACAACACAACUCCAUCACAUAGUGCAGGCACACGAUGGAGUUGGUUAUGAUAAUAAUGAAUCAGCAUGGAUGACUGUACACCUACCACACAGCCUGCAAGGUCUCACAGAAUGUUUUGUCUUAGCUAAACUGAUAAAGUACUACUAUAAGUUCUAUACUUGAAAUUAAAGUUUGGUUCCUGCUUUUGUGAUGCCUGUUCCACCCAUGUUCUUUUCUCUGGGAACCUCGCCUGACCAGGCCUCCCUUCAGCCCACCAACUCAGACACACUUAAAGCCAACAAGUAACUGAAUCAUAACACAGCUGACUUCUCCAAUUUACCUAAGGCAGAGAACAAGUUAGGGCAGGUGGAAAUAAGUGCUUUACGUGCACUCUAUUCCUUUUGGCACAUCUAAACUAUGCUACAUUUUAAAAGUUAGACUGAACUUCUUUAUUGCUGGUAUGUUUCCUGUAUUCUAGGAAAAUUUUUGUUACAUUCAUAGACCAUUUGUUCUUGUAUGCUUUCUCCAUGUUGAAAAAAGAUGAACUUUUGUAAAUGUGUAUGCAUUAAAGAUUACUUUUGAAA